AUGGCAUUUUUUGAUAAUGAGGCAGAGCCUCUGCCUGUGACAAAUUAUUAUUUCGAAGAUGACAAGAAUGAACCUAUCUCGUUUCAUAGAGCUGUUAUAGCAUGGAAAUUUGACCUUUUUAGUGUGAGGCCGGUGAUAUCGGUGCUUUCCAAGCAAAACAAGUGGAUUGUGCUCCAGAGGCCGAGGAAGAGUUUUGAGAAGAUAAUAAAGUCAAUCUUGGUAACGCUCCACUGUCUUAGUUAUGUGAUCAGAAAUCCGGAGACUUGUGCCAAAUCAGUGUGGGAGUACUUAGCUAAUGUUUUCAGUUUGUAUGAGGCCAGGCCUUCCCAGAAUGAUCUCGUGGAACAUAUGCCUUUAAUUAGGGAAGCUGUUAAAUGGGAGGAGGCUUUGGCAAAGUCCAAGUUUAUAAUCAACUUUCUUGAAGAGAGGCCCACAAAGAGGAAACUAUCUGAUGAGGAUAUCCAAGUUAGAAAAAAGCCAGGAUUGUCCACUGAUGACCUAUUCGAUACGGUUUGUGCUUUUUGUGAUAAUGGUGGCAACCUUUUGUGUUGUGAAGGGCGAUGCCUAAGGUCCUUUCAUGCAACUGUAAAGGACGGUGAGGACUUUACUUGUGAAUCUCUUGGAUUUACCCAGGAUGAAGUAGAUGCAAUUCAAAAAAUUGAUUUCUACUGCAAGAACUGUCAAUAUAAACAGCAUCAGUGCUAUGCUUGUGGGAAGUUAGGAUCCUCGGACAAAUCUUUAGGUGCUGAGGUCUUCCCCUGCACUUCUGCAAGGUGUGGUCAGUUUUAUCAUCCUCAUUGUAUUGCAAAGUUAAGAUAUCAUGAGACCGGAGUUUCUGCAGAAGAACUUGAGAAAAGAAUUAUGCUGGGGGAAUCUUUUACAUGUCCAAUUCACAAGUGCUGCUUUUGUAAGCAAGGAGAGAAUAAGAAGGAUCCUGAAUUGCAGUUUGCUGUGUGUAGGCGUUGUCCUACAUCCUACCACCGUAAAUGCUUGCCACGGGACAUUUGUUUUGCAAAAGGCAAGGAAGGUGAUGAGGAAGACAUGGAUACAAGAGCUUGGGAAGGUCUAUUACCUGACCGUGUGCUAAUAUAUUGCACAAAACAUAGAAUAGUUAAAGCCUUUGGAACUCCAAGAAGGGACCAUGUUAAAUUUCCUGAUGUCGAUGACAAUAAAAUUUCUGCUGAGAAAAAGACUCUCUGUCAAGAGAAGAAGAGAAGAUUAACAUCAGAGUCCCUUGUGGUCAGUGAGAAUUGUGUGUCCAUGCGAAAAAGGCUUUCCUCAGAAGGGUUGCAUAAAGAAAAAAAUGCUCCUACAACACAUAGGCAGAAAAUGACUUUAGCUGCAAAAGCUGGGAAGCACAGUAAACUCAAGUCUGCGAUAGUCAAACCUUCCUCAAGAAAAUCGAGCAGUCCCUCAUCUUCCUUGGAUUCGGCUAGAGUACUGAGAUGCUCUAAUGAAACAUGCUUCCGCUGCAAUAACGCUGGAUGAUGUAAUAAGAAAGCACAGAGUUCCAUCCAACCAUGUGUCCUCAAAAAGAACUGCUGCGGAAAUGAACAUUACACUAGGAAAAGUGGAGGAUUCAGUUAAGGCUGUUUAAAAAGCGGUGAUGGAACUACAGGAAGGUUGUAGUACUAAUGAUGCAGAGGCUGUUUCUCCACCUGAGACUCUUGAUCAUAUUAAUAUUUGGAAGCCCUUUUAUCUCCCUGGAUCUUGAUCUAUCGGUGUGGAUGACCAGCAAAUGGACCAAUGAAAUGAGAGGCCACCUCAACUCUCUUUGGAGACUUGAUUGUUUGCCUAAAUUCAAGGCCAUAGCUCAAGAGCAAGGUCACAUUUCUAUAUCAGAAGGGUUUUGGGAAGAAAUUUUGAAAUUGAAGAUCAUUGGAUUGGUAAUCAUGACCAAUAUGGAGAAACUUUCAUGUUCACUAGUGGUCAUCAUAGACAAUCCCUUGGUCAUGAUUUUGAUGAUGGAGAAGUUGCAGCAGAGGGACAUAAAGAGAGAUCUUCUCAGAGUGGUAACAAAGAGAAGUUAUGAUCAUAGUCUUCUUGGCUACUGGAAUAACCAGGUUCAUGAGACUUGAGGACGGUUGCAAUGGGGUGACAUAAAAGAGCAUGCAAGGGAAAUGGUUGAAUUGUCACUCAACAAAAGAUGCUAGGGUGGAAAGGUUUUUGGUAGUUGAGAUGUAAAAGGAAAGCAUGGACACGUCUAGCUGUGGGUUGGCACCACAAAAAUUAGAAUUGCUUUGGGAUCUAGUAUGCAUAAUAGAAUUGCUUAUAGGAUUGGUAGCUUGGCCAACACUCAGAUGAUAACGGUACAAACUUUCUCAUGGGUGGUGAUAGGCCUUCGUGGGAGUCAUCGAUGGUCUGUCGGUACUGCAGAGUUUGGAGCAACUGGAAUGAGGAACAACAUAGAGAGAUCGGAUACCCUAGGUGUGGCUGUUUAUACCUAGCAAUAAUCUUAGUCGCCGAUAAUUAAGAUUUUCCAUCUAAUUUUCUAAAUUCUAAUACUCAUUUGUAUUUUGCUAACUUCAUAAAAAAGAAAAAAGAAAAAAAAAACAAAAAAACUAUCAUCCAUGUAUCUUCCUCUCACCAUCUUUGGCCCGCUGCCAAUUACAUGGUUAUUAAUUAGAGGAUCAAAAAUAGAUGGAGGAGAAACCUUCUUUGAUCUUUCUAGCUUCACUGGUUUUGUUUUUUGGAGGAUAUUCUUAAUGCGCAAUAUUGAUCGGGGCAGUAGUACCCUUGCAUUGCAGGUUGAAGCAGUCACACUAGCGUGUUGUCGGUCGGUGUAGUAUUCAAAAUAGUGACACUCGAUUAUUGUAUAAUUAAAGACUGUAUUCUACAGUGGAGGUUCAAAUGUUGACACUGAACUA